ACCACCACCCCCGGCUUUCCACGUUACAUUCCGACUCUUAUAUAUCAAUAAUUAAUUAUGUCUGCUCCAGCUGAAGCUCCAAAGAGACAAUUCGGUGGUGACCGUCCACAGAGAGGUGGCAAGCCACAAAGAAAGGGUAGAAACCACGGUGACGACAAGGGUGGUUGGACCCCAGUUACCAAGUUGGGUAGAUUGGUCAAGGCCGGUAAGAUCACCACCAUGGAACAGAUCUACCUCCACUCUUUGCCAGUCAAGGAGUACCAGAUCGUUGACCACAUCUUGCCAGACUUGAAGGAUGAGGUUAUGAGAAUCAAGCCAGUCCAGAAGCAGACCUCUGCCGGUCAAAGAACCAGAUUCAAGGCCGUCGUUGUCAUUGGUGACUCCAACGGUCACGUUGGUUUGGGGAUCAAGACCGCCAAGGAAGUUGCCGCUGCCAUCCGUGCUGCCAUCAUCAUCGCCAAGUUGUCUGUCAUUCCAGUCAGAAGAGGUUACUGGGGUACCAACUUGGGUGCUCCACACUCCUUGGCCAACAAGACCACCGGUAAGUGUGGUUCCGUCUUGGUCCGUUUGAUCCCAGCCCCAAGAGGUUCCGGUAUUGUUGCCUCCCCAGCCGUCAAGAAGUUGUUGCAGUUGGGUGGUGUUGAGGAUGUCUACACCUCUUCUAACGGUUCUACCAGAACUUUGGAAAACACCUUGAAGGCCGCUUUCAUUGCCAUUGGUAACACUUACGGUUUCUUGACUCCAAACUUGUGGGCCGAAACUGAAUUGCAGGUUUCCCCAUUGGACACUUACGCUGACGAAGCCCUUAUCUCUAAGAAGAGAUUCUAA